CGUUCUAAUUCGGACACGCGACCGUGAAUUAUAGAAUUACCAAAUCACAGUGUAAUUUAAUUUAAGGAAAUAUAAAUAGCCAAGAAGCUAAGUGAAAAUAAAAUGCCACCCCAUAUGUGCUCAGCUUUGGGGCUUGUGUGUGUGGGCCUGAUUCUUGGCCAAGUGCAAGCCGAACUGGACUUCAACAACGAUCUCGAAAACAGCCAAAAGUUCAAGAGCAUACCUACCACAGUGAAAACCUAUGAGAACGACACAGUGCAGCUUCCUUGCACCUUAAACACUCCCUUUCGCUACGUCCGCUGGCAUCGGGACGAUGUGGCCCUGGUGGACUCCAGACACCCGGAGCUCCCGACGCCGGACCGCAUAAUGCUCUGGCCAAAUGGCAGCCUGCAGGUGGCCAAUGUGCAGUCCACUGACACCGGCGACUACUACUGCGAAAUGAACUCGGACUCGGGUCAUGUGGUCCAGCAGCACGCCAUCGAAGUGCAACUGGCACCUCAGGUGCUCAUUGAACCAUCGGAUCUCACGGAACAGCGGAUUGGAGCCACCUUCGAGGUGGUGUGCGAGGCCCAGGGAGUUCCCCAGCCGGUCAUCACCUGGCGCUUAAACGGCAAUGUCAUCCAGCCGCAGAGCAACACGGGAAACCGGCAAAGCCUCAUCCUGGAGAUCAAGUCGAGGAACCAGGCGGGCCUCAUCGAAUGCGUGGCCAGCAAUGGAGUGGGUGAGCCAGCCGUGGCCAAUGUGUACCUUCAUGUGCUAUUUUCGCCCGAGGUGAGCAUACCGCAGCCCGUGGUGUACACGAAAUUGGGCUCCCGUGCCCAUCUGGAGUGCAUUGUGGAGGCGGCACCGGCGGCCACGGUCAAGUGGUUCCACCAUGGACUGCCGGUGGCACUGGGUGCCCACUCCACCACUCACGAAUCGGAGUUGCAGACGAACCGGUCGGUGGAUCAUUACGUGAACGCCGUGCGUCACAUGCUGGUGGUGAAGAGCGUGCGGAACGCGGAUAUGGGGCAGUACGAGUGCCGUGCCAGCAAUCAGAUAUCCGUGAAAAGCGGAAGUGUUGAGCUGACCGGCCGCCCGAUGCCCUGCCUCUUCAAGAUCAAUCCGGGCACCCAGAGCUCCACGUCGCACGUCCUCGUUUGGCAGACCGAGAGCCUGCUGCCCAUCAUGGAGUUCAAGCUCAAGUUCCGACAGAUCCCAUCCAACAAUGUCACCCGCCAAGUUAGAACCAACUGGACGGAACUCACGAUCCCGGCGCAGGCCACAAAUGGACUUAUCUAUAUAACCACCUAUACUUUGCACGGCCUCCAACCCGCCAGUCUCUACGAAGUUUCCGUGCUGGCCAGAAAUAGCUUCGGUUGGAGCGACAAUAGCAAGAUAGUGCGUUUCGCCACAGGUGGAGAAGUGGAACUACCCAACUACUCGACUGAAUCGGAGCUUCAGGAUGAUUUGACCGACGAGGACUUCCACAACGAAAUCACCCAGAGAUCGGAGGUUCUAUCGGCCAGCAUGAUGUUCAAUUCGGGCUCAGUUAUUGGGUGCGGAAUCAGUGCCUUCAUAUAUUCCUUAUGCCUUUUACAUCUAUUACGAUUAAUAAGUUAGGUCUCAAUUUAAAAUAUACGCACUUCUACUCUA